UUUUUUUUAAAUGAAAUAAGAAUUCGUCGCCAUUGUUCACGUUUGGUUGAUUUUAUGAUUUUGAAACGAUAAUAUAAUAGUGUUAACUUGUUUUUUUUAUAAUAAAGUGUGAAUAAGUAUUGGUGUAUGUAAAUUGUGACAUUUUCGAGCGAUUACAGUUCAAGAAUAAGAGGUCCGAGUCAGUGUUGCGAAGUAAUGUGAAUGUAGCAAUCAUGGAUCCGCAAGAAUUAGUCCCAUUAGAAUCUGGUCUUCGACUACCUCGAAGGUCAGUAGUCAACAAGAACUGCUACUUAGCGCCCCGCACCUGCUACACAGCGCCGCUGAAGCUGUGCCGGCUGCUCGCGCUGGUGAUCGUGCUGCCAAGCAUGUUCAUCAUGAUACCGCUUUAUAUGAGGUACAGGGUGUUCUCCGGCCAGAUGUACCCCAUGAGCAUGACUGAUAUGAGACUGAUAGACAGUAAGAUAUCGCCCACUUGGUGCCAGAGACAAGUGGUGCGCUCCAACACGACAUUCAACGCGUUCGUGGUCCCCGGUCCGCCAGAGCUGACUGAGGACCUGGUCCCGGUGUCCAUGACGAGAGAGCUGGAACUGGAGGACGAUAAGAAGGAGUACUGGGGGUUCUACCUGCUGAAGGGAUCCUCGGUGACCGUGUCGGCUUGUACGAGGUGGCCAGGUGCCUCUCUUAUAAUGAUCAAAGGCUACAAGCACCUUCAAGAAUGUGCUUACAUUGGAGACGAUUCGUCUGAAGAGAUUGAUGAACUGAAGGAAGCUUUCGAACUUGGACUGUUGUCCAACAAAACGUAUUAUGAGAAGAUAAAUCAACUUAAAAUUGUUGAUGGAAAAGCUAAUGAUCCAGCAGAUACAAUGAGAAGGCACAAAGCUGGUGUUAGUUUCCACGAUCCCAACAAAGUGAACACCACAUCGACGUCAUCUGAGAGUGUGCCGACCGCUGAUAUCACUGAUCAUGAUCCCAAGGAACUUCGAGAGAUCCUCGAGAGACUCCACGCAUUAAGAGAAGCAGCCAAGAUCCAGAACUCGAAGAACUUCCACCCACCUGACCAUAUCGUAUCGCUGCCAGCUUUACACCGACACAGGGAUGCUAAUGUUGAUAAAGAUGAAAGGAAAUGGCUGUCUUUUCAAGAUAUCGAUGGGAACAAUAGCGAUGAAGCUAUUAAUAAUAAGAAAACAGAAUUAUCCAAUAAAGUUACAAUAGAAAUUAUUAAAGACGAAGUAUCUGAUGCAAAGAAAAAGACUGAUUUAGUAAAUGAAGUAGCGAAAAGUACUGAUUUUGAUAAUAAGAAUGAAACUACAGUAGAUGUAGAAAAAACUACGCUGAAGAUACAAGAAGAAAUGGAAACUGUGACUGUGGACACACCGUAUAAAACUACGACUGAUGUCAACGUAGCUGCUACUGCUACUAGUGAUAACAAUGAGACUACUACAGAGCCAAAUUCUAAGGAAGUGUUUGAAGAAGUCCUGAAUAGAUUACAAGCAUUAGGUAGUAAAGGGAAGAGAGUGCUGGUCAAACUGCACGAGACUAUGGGAGUCGAGUAUAAAGAAAAGCCACCAACUCGGCAGAAGUCAGACAUUAUGUCGUUAGUGACUGGCAGUGGGGAGGAACUGGACAGGCUGAGAAAGGUGCUGGUGGAAGCUAUUGAUGAAGAGAAGACUAGAUCUCAGAGACAACAAAAACGUCUCGUGGCUGCAGAACAGGCAAGAAGUAAGCGGGAGUCCAUGUUGGGACAGAUCGAACUCAUCAAGAUCUUCAAUGAAAACGAUGAGGAGAGGAACCACGCCAGUGAAGUGGACGCAGAUGGUUACGCAGACCACCAUCAGCUGGUCAAUGAGACAACUCCCCUCGACAUGAGUAACUCCGAGUUCUGGUCAUCCUUCUCCAGCAGUGAGGAGGCGCUUCUCGAGUGUGAGGGACUAAUCCUCAAUCUGCCUCUAACCCCCCACAGGGGAUGUCUGAAAGAAGCUAGUGAGGCUGAUGGCUUUGCUGCAGCUAAGGCUAAUGCACUCACUUAUAGGGUCCCAGCCAACGGCUAUUACUUCUUCGUGUUCAACUCUGAGAACGAGGUCCAGAAGAACUUCAUCCGCGCCCGCUUCGACCUUCAGAAGACGCGCUACGACGUAGCACGCACCGCGCUACGAGAGUGCACCAACAGGACCGACAGAUGUGACCUCAAUCUUGAUAUAUUUUCUAGUCAGAAGGUAGUUUUAGAAGUUCCCCUAAGGAACAACGACUCGCUUUGGAACGAACAAUUCGUCAUCAUAUCAGAAUGUGAACCGAGAACUUCAGUCUACAUUGUCUGUGUUAUUGCAGUGCCUAUAUUAAUUUUAUUAUUUGCUUUCCAAUGACGAAAACCAAUGAAAUAACACAAUUGUAUAUUGCUAGGGAGCAAUUGAACCUGUGUUGGAAAACUUGGAAUAGCGCCAUCUAGCGGAGGAGUGUUGAACUAAAACGAAAGAGCUUAAAGCUGAAAACAGCGCCAUCUAGUGAAAGAAAGUGAAAACUAAAGAUGAAUGAAGUUUCGUUUUGUUGGCUUUUUGUUAUGACGAAUAUAAAUAUUGUUAUUAUAUUAUGGCUAACGUCUUCCAAAUAAUUAUACGAUGUACAAAAGACAUUAUUUUUAGAAUAAGAGUAUUUUAAGUAAUGUUACUUAGUUUUUUAAGUAGUUUAAGACAGCCAUAACAGGGUAAAAAGUGAUAAUAUUAGACAUAGUGCCAUAUUUGUACAAAAAAAUAUAAAUUUAGACUAAGUUUUACUUGAAAAAGUACAAAUGUUAUUACGA